CUUUCUGCUUGUCCAACCGCCAGUUACCUCAACGUUUUUGAGGUCUGCCGCUCAUCACCCAGGGAAGCGCCCUGGCUGAGAAAAACCUGUCUAAACAUGCAAGAAGCAACCUCGUCCCUGCUGCGUGCGGAGUCGUCUCUUUUCUGUGUCGCAGAAAUCGCUUUUUUGUAACCUUCUGAACGGACAGUUCCGAUGCUGCUAUUCCGCCUUCUCGACUACAAGGCUUCGUCCCCGCGUUCGCGUCUGGUUGUGGAACUGUCCUUGAACCUGCGAGUCACUCCGCCUUGCCCCGCAGGACUAUGCUGCCACUCGUCCGGGUUCUUGCGACCGACCUCGUCCGAUUCCGUAAACUUCAACUUUUCUUUCCAAAAGACUCUACGGCCACUCUGCGGCCACUCCACUGCAGUUCUAUCCUCCGUCCGUCGGAUUCCUCGUGUGCCUGGGAGGACAGCAGCGCUCUCGCGGUGGGGUUUUCGCAGCACGAUGAUCGUCCAAAUGCUGUUCCCAGGAGCUUUUGCCUACGUGUGGCCUCGCCGCAGAGCACAACCGACUGCCCGCACGAGAACCGUCCCCGCAACGUGUUCCUUUCUCACAACGUAGUGCCGCUUUCCUGGGACGCUUCCCAGAAGCCACUCUGCUCCAGUGCGGGACUGGCCGGUCCUGGGAAAAAUUUCCGGGGGUACCCCGACCCGUCUCCUUUACUCCGCCCGGGUCGGGCUGAAGCGGGGUUUCGCUGCCAGGUUUUGGCGGCCGGGACGGCCCAUCAGAACAGCAAUUCUCCUCGGAAACUGUGAAAACUUUUUGAUUUUCGGUCUUCCUUUGUGCAGGUUGUGUGGCUGCCGAGCCCCCCUCCCUGUGUCAAACGUAGCCCCACGUUAAGGAUCCUGUCACCUGCUUUCGCUGCGGAAGCGUCCGGAAGCAACCGGUUUCCAGUGUUUCUUCGUGGACUGAAAAGUUUCUUCACAUUUCUCCCGUUUGGUGCGAGGUUCUGUUCUCCUUGAAACUGGCGGAAGUACGACCGUGCGCAAUCGACACCUGUCAUAAACAUGCGUUGUCUCUGGCAGGUCUGCUGAGCUUGCGUCCGGUUGCCCAGUGGCUCACUUUCGGAACUCCGCGGUUAUAGUCGUCCGUUGACACUUGACCCAAUUCCUUCCGUUCAGUUAUUUGUCUCCGUUUUUUUUGAUUCGCUGCCGUUUCUCGCGCGAGCGACGCCAUUUGUUAGGUUGCGCGUAGUCUUCCAGAGCGUUUCGCAGUUAAAUCCCCUUGGCGGUCGUUCUCGGUCUCAUUCGCCAAAAUGAGUACAAUCGAAGAGAGAGCCGUUGCGGCGCAGCAAAUGAGCAAGGCCGAUGACGGCAAGGCACCCGGGAUGUCUCGCAGCGACUUCGUGCUCGCUGCCUCUUUUUUCUUGAUUGCGGGUGUCAACUCGUUGAUUGCUUGGAAUGUCACGCUCAACUUGAACCCGUACUUCAGCACCCACUGCUUCUCCGGGAACGAGUGGGGCAACACCCUCCUCGCCAUGUUUCAGCUAGCGUGCAUGUGCAUCCAGAUCUACCUCUUGAAGUUCGGCAGCGGCGGCGCCAAGAAGUCCUACUUCUUCUUUGCUGGCAUCGUUAACGCCAUCACCUUCACUAUCUUCACCCCGCUCGUCGUCUACCUGCCCGAAAGCGCUGCCGUGGCCUGCAUGCACAUCUGCUGCUUCUUCCUUGGCAUCGGAUCGGGUGUUCUUCAGGGUGGAGGUUUCCCCUACGCUGCGUCUCUUCCCUACAACUUCUGCGGAUUCAUCUCCACAGGUCAAGGUUUGGCUGCGAUCAUCGCGUUCAUUUGGAACACCGUGUUCGCGUUCACGCUGUUCGAUCUUGACACCCGCGACGGCCUGGUUGCCAUGGCCUGGACUUCCUACGGUUUCGCCGCGGUCUUGUCGCUCGUUUACUUUGCUCUGUUUUUGGUCAUCUUGAAGAAGCCGUGGGCACAAGGUCCGUUCGAGCGCCAGGCCUUGGAAGACGUCGCUGCCAAGGAGAAGGCUGUGCAGAAGGCUGAAGCCAAAAAGGCCGAGGGAGACCGCGAGGCUCAGUACGAACAGCAGGACGGAAACGUGUUUGCCGUCACUGCGCCCACGUCGAUUGUUGACGAGGAGAGCGGCGUGAAAGUCGAUGGCACGGAGAAGCGGCCUGCGAGGGUCUUCCUCAGAGAUGCGGCGCCGCACCUCUUGAACAUUGGUCUGACUUUCUUCAUCACAUUGAACAACUUCCCCAAGAUUGGCCCGGUCGGCUGGAACUACAACCAACAGGUGAACAACCACUUCAUCAUCAUGUUCGGCGUCUUCGCCUUGGGGGAUGUCACCGGUCGCUUUUUCCCCGACCUGUCCCAGUUCAGCCCGAAGUACUUCUCCUGGACCAUGAUCCCGCCCAAGCUCGUCGUGCCCCUUUGCCUGUUGAGAUCUGUGUUCUACGUCCCCUUCUUCCUCGGCUACAAGCUCGAGAACACGCAGGUGGUCAACGACUUCUGGUUCUACGUCAUCAUCAUGCUCCUCUUCGCUUUCACGCAGGGCUGGUUCUGCACCCUUGGCUUCGUGUAUUCGAUGACCUCCGUCCGCGAGAGCGAGCGAGGUGUCACAGGUCCGCUCAGUGUCUUGUGUCUGAGCGUGGGUAUUCUCGCUGGUCUGUACCUCGCUCUCGCUUACUAGAAAAUGUUAGAAACAUCAAACAAAUCGUAGUCCUGUCCACCCUUCGCGGCCAAACCCUGUUUUUUCGAGAUCUUUACGCCGCCGAUGCCUUUGGCCAACAUCGCGUCAGCGCGCAUUCAAACUUCCUGAGCAGAAGGCCGUUGGCAAACGCCAAGCCCCUUCCGCGUUGACGGAAGCAAUCGUUUCAGCUUCAGCAGAGCCGUAGUGGCGUGUCCUGAUUGGUCUCCGGCAACCACUUGCAUGCGAUGAAAGGCGGAAGUUCUGUCCGAGUCGUGGAAAGGCCUAGCCUGAUGAUUCACCAUCUGUGCGCCCUCACCAGACCGCGCAGGUCUCGCGGUAGGGAGAGCGCAUUCAAGCCACUUGCUUGCAUGUCUGAAGUCCAUGUCUCAGAUUGACGUUUCGGCGUGCUGUUUACGUCAUCUGGAAAGGCAGUGUAGAUCUUGGAGCGUCGAAGUCAGCUAUUUGAGAUCGUCCACUCGACACUCGUAACAAAGUUUCGGCGCGGGAGUGGAAGUUGAGCUGUGGGCGAUACGCGCGACAGUACCAUGUACGCAGAAUUUGAGGCCGCGCCUGGAGAUGUGCCCAGCAGGCGACCUCUUGAGUGCGCAUGUGAAACUCGCGUGUGCCCGUGUGAGUGAAACAGCGGUUGUUUUGUUUCCUGAAGGAGUAACGAAGGCGUGUGUCCCUUAGGCCCUGGCAAUGUUUUUGCCAAGGCAAACUGCAGACGGUUUGCAAACGGUUCGACACAAAACCACGUAUACAGUACAGGUGUCCGCAAGCACAAGCAACCGUUAUUUGGUGCUCUACACGUGUGGGCGUUUGUGGACGUGUAUCAUUUCGAAAGGCGCUCCUGCACAAACGCAGCAGCCCAGUAUUUUUGUAUAUUUGCAGACGGAGCCGCAUCUGCGCCUGUCUCUAGCGUGUACAUAGAAAAGCUUUCCAACGAUGUGGUGACCACGUACCCAAUCCAACAUGUAUUUCACGGCUCGAAGCGAGGAUUCGUUCCCGAAAGAAAGCUAUGCCAAUGUUCGCGUAUUCUGUUAGCAUUGUCUCUUGUCCGAGUGAAUUUAGGAGAGGAAUGGGGGAGUGUGGAAGAUUAUUUUUUAGGUUCAGUUGAUCUCGGUUUUCCUCGUAUCCCUGUGUUCUACAUAAACUAUUGCAAAUUCAAAUUCAUUUGCACUGGCC